AUGUAUUCAGCUUUUCUCAUCCUGAUCAUCUUAACUGAUGUGACUUCCUGUCAGAAAGUGUGCAGUUACCAGGAUGUUCUGGACUAUCUGAACCUGACCACAGAUAACAGUGUGUUUAAACUGACGCGCCCUGUGCUGGACUACACGCGCCCCACCAAAGUAGAGCUGGACAUCAUCCUGUAUGCCAUCCUGGCUGUGAUUGAGAAAACACAAACUUUUAUUCCCUUUGUCUGGGCAACCCUGAUAUGGAAUAAUGAACGCAUCUCAUGGGACCCUGAUCAGUUUUGUGGAAUUACUCAUAUCACAAUUCCUCGAGAAAUCCUCUGGAAACCAGAUGUCUUCAUUUAUGAGAUGAUACAGACGGACGACUCCCCUCAGAGUUAUUACAUCUCCGUAGCCUACGAUGGUACGAUCUCUUCUGAGGACGAGAUUAAGAUUGUCAGUACCUGUAAGAUGGAUGUCCACAAGUUCCCCUUCGACACGCAGACAUGCAACAUCACCAUUGGUUCUGCAAGUCACUGUGUAGAUGAGAUGCGACUUUCUCCUUUCUCCAACUCCUCCCGGGCCACGCAGUUUUCCCGUGAAGUGAUGAAAACACAGGGAGAGUGGGAAUUCCUCCAACUAUCCAUCUCCAAAGUCAAUAUGACCUUUGGAAAUAAACUGUGGGAAAACCUCAUAUACACUUUCAGCAUGAAGAGGAGGCCACUCCUCCACGUCAUUAACUUCCUGUUGCCCAUCUUAUUCUUCCUAACUCUGGAUCUCGCCUCCUUCUUCAUCGCUGACCAUCGAGGAGAGAAGCUGGGCUUCAAAGUCACCGUCCUGCUGGCAAUCUCCGUUCUGCUGCUCAUCCUGAACGACAUCCUGCCCUCCAUGUCCAACAAGACCCCACUCAUAGCAACAUACUGCAUUGUGAUUUUUGCCCUUAUGCUGCUCAGUCUGCUGGAGACAAUUUUGGUUACACAUCUGAUAGAAAAAGACUCCCAAGUCAAACCUAAGGUGAAGAACGAACAUAAAAAAGCCAAAACUAAUAACAGCGAUGCAGAAGACAAAAGACAGACCUGCUGUUCCUGCAUCUGCAUAGUGUCCAGUGAUGAGCAACAGCAUGAGCUACUGCCUGUUGCUGAAGUGGUUAACAACAGUAAUCAUACAGGAGAGUAUAAUGUGCUGGUGCUGAUCCUGGAGGAGCUGAAGGAGCUGAAGAAAUCACUAAAUCUGCACCUCAGUGGCAGCGAAAAGGGAGGGAAGUACGUCCAGUUGGCAGCCAGAAUCAAUAGGGUUUUCUUCAUUUUCUAUGCUGUCACCGUGUUGCUCUUUCUCUCUCUCAUGUACACUGAGUGGAACACUUAG